AUGAUACAAAUUGAUGGAACAUUUCUUAAAGGCAAAUUCGGCGGUAUUCUUCUCAGUGCCGUGUCAAAAGACGCUAACGAUGGAAUUUUCCCUAUUGCAUUUGCUAUAGUUAACGAAGAAAACGAUGAUAACUGGGACUGGUUUUUAGCAUUGUUAAAACAGGCAAUAAACGACGAUCGUGUGUUCACACACAUGACAGGUAAUUUGAACAACAAGCUUAAAGGGGUCCCAACUGGUUACAGGGAGGCAAUCGUUAGCCAAUUUAUAUCAUGUGCAUUUGAAUUCUCAAAGACAUCGUUCGACAAGAAGAUUGAGAAGCUUAAAGCUAGUGGGUCAACCAGAAUUGUCAAUUUUUUGAAUGACUUGCCUUAUCACAAUUGGGCGAACGCAUAUUUUGAAGGGCAACGAUAUGGUGAAAUGUAUUCAAAUGGAGUUGAAUCAUGGAAUUCAAAAAUCCUUAAUUAUCGCGACUUACCGGUUAUGACUAUGAUAGAUACAAUUAGGAGUGAACUGAUGAAAAAGAUGACCUCAAGGAGAGAUAAAUCAUCCAAGUGGUCGACCAUAUGUUGCCCCAAGUACGAGAAAUCUUUGAGAGAGCUUGAACUCGAAUGUAGGACACAGAAAGCUGAGAAGGCUGCAGAUGGUAUUAACGAAGUUCUUAGUGACCCGUCCAUGGUCGUAGAUUUGUUACAAAAAACUUGCACAUGUCGAAAGUGGCAGAUACUUGGGUUCCCGUGUGUUCAUGCGGACUAUGUAUUAGUCAAUAAGACGUCACAACCGUACGAUUUCAUUGACAAACUAUAUUACGCAGAAUAUUACAGGGAAUGUUAUGCCUCACCCAUUUAUUAG